AUUCCGGUCGGGAACACCCCUCCCCCCGCAAACCGCUGAGCGCAAGCCAAGGACACCAACAACAUAUCCAGGGCAACGAGGAAACAAUUACGAAUAAAGGUUAUCCAUUGUAACUACUCUCAGGGGAUGGUGGUUUCCGGCUUUGCAAACGGAUACCCAUUGAUACAAAGUAUCACAUUUACACUAUGGCCGUCUACCUUUCUCUGCCAUGAGUGUGAAAUAUGUAUCAGUUUCCUGCAUAAUGCAUGUCACUGGUGCAACGCCAAUUUGUUUUCCAUUCAAUGACUAUUCGCUCCGUGGAAUAUGCGUUUUGUUAACGUCGAGUUAGAGCUGAUGCUAAGGCUAAUUAGGCUACAUGUUGCUAUAGGCUAUGUUUAGGCUACCUUGCUGAGUGCACUCUCGUCUCUGUAGCGCCCCCCCUACAUUCUACAGCUCUAAAACUUUCCUGUCUCAAAUAUUUCCUCCCUCUUUUUUUUACUUCCUGUUUUCUACGGGAGUCACAUAGCCCAAGCUCCUUUCAUUUCAACUGUAUGUUCACCCUUUUUCUUUUUCUUUAUUCGCGCUACAUUGUUUCUCACAAGUCUGUCUAACCGGCUCCCAGAUUCUUCUCUCUUUGCGUAAGUCGAAGACUUGGAAAUGCACAACUCGUUCAACUUCGGUCCCGAUGGAUUUGACAUAUUAUUUUUGAUGUCCUUUUUCUAAAACACUUUUUCUCUACUGUUUUUUUGUUGGUAAUGUCACUCUGGAAGUAGUUGCCCAUCCAAAGCCACUUUUCUACAAAGUAACAUGUCGGCAGCUAGCUCAUUAGCUAUGUGGCAGCUACUCUGGAGCUGACAUAUCCAGCUAAUUUGCACAUUUUAUACGCUUCAACUACGGUUGUUGUUCCUUUUUGCGCGUUCAUUUAUUCCCCCCGGGAAGUUAUAAUGGCCCAAUUCCAGCGUCCGACACUGUGUUGCUGCCGCAAAGUGCUCACAGUGCCUAGCAAGUCGUGUGAGGGCGGCCAAGGUCUGGGUCAGUGUCGCCUCGUCGACAUCGCCUCUGCGUCCAACUUCCACUGCUUCAAGCUUCGCCACUUCCAUCUCGACCUCCGCCUCAACUUUGCCGUAAAGGAGAUCACUGGGUGGCAAGUCCUGGAACUUGUGGCUAUCCAACCAGGAGUGCAGACUUUGGUUCUGGACACUCACCCAUCCUUGCUAAUUCAGUCCAUAGACUGCAAGGUGCCUGGCACCACCGGUGCCCAGGACAUUUCCCCGUCGCUCGUCUACCGGGUAGACCCAUUCACAGACUAUGGAUCUUCGCUGAAUAUCAGCCUCCCAGCCUACGUGAUACGGCCGCAUCGGGCUUUCCAGAUCACCGUUCGCUACACAACAACAGACGGUCCUGCGAUCUGGUGGCUGGACGCAGAGCUGACGUGUGGUCAGACUCGCCCGCUAGUCUUCACUCAGGGCCACUCUGUCUGCAACCGAUCCUUCUUUCCCUGCUUUGACACACCCGCCGUCAAGAGCACCUACACCGCUACUGUCAGGGUGCCGGAAGGUGUGACGGUGUUGAUGAGUGCCUCCCGCAGUGCCUACUCCAAGCAGGACAGGGUGUUCCAGUUCUCCAUGGAGUACCCCGUCCCAGCCUACCUGGUGGCACUGGUGGCAGGAGACCUGCAGCACGUCGACAUUGGCCCCAGGAGCCGGGUGUGGGCAGAGCCGUGUGUACUGACCUGUGCUGUGAGCAAGCUAGGGGGUAGCGUGGAGCGUUGGCUGAAUGUGGCCGAGGACCUCUUCGGACCCUAUGUGUGGGGAAGGUACGACAUAGUGUUCCUGCCUCCGUCGUUCCCCAUCGUGGCCAUGGAGAACCCCUGCCUCACCUUCAUCAUCUCCUCCAUCCUGGAGAGCCGGGAGUUCCUGCUGAUCGACGUCAUCCACGAGAUUGCCCAUGGCUGGUUCGGCAACGCGGUCACCAACGCCACCUGGGAAGAGAUGUGGCUGAGCGAGGGACUGGCCACCUACGCACAGAGACGCAUCACUACCGAGGCCUACGGUGAGGCCUUCACCUGUCUGGAGACGGUGUUCCGUCUAGACGCCCUGCAUAGACAGAUGCGUCUCCUAGGAGACAACAACCCUGUCAGCAAGCUGCAGGUCAAAUUUGAGCCAGGUAUUAAUCCCAGUAGUCUGAUGAACUUGUUCACUUAUGAGAAAGGCUUUUGCUUCGUCUCGUACCUCUCUCAACUCUGUGGCAAUGUCAAGCGCUUCGACAGCUUCCUGAGGGCCUACAUAGAGCAGUUUAAGUUCAGCAGUGUUGUGGCCCAGGACCUGCUCGAUUUCUUCUUGUGCUUCUUCCCGGAGCUGAAGGAGAGCUGUGUGGCACAGAGAGAGGGGUUGGAGUUUGAGCGGUGGCUGAACGCUUGUGGCCCCCCUCUGUGCGAACCGGACCUCUCGGCCGGGGGGGUUCUGACCGGUCCCGUCCAGAGUCUGUGUGACCUGUGGGCCAGCGAACCCCCGGACCCUGAGGCCAUCGCAAACUUUAACCUCUCCUCUUGGAGCACCUUCCAGACCGUUCUCUUCCUGGACAGACUGUUGGACCGCUCGCCCCUCUCACACGAGGUUAUGGGUCAGUUGUCACGCUGCUACUCGGCCCAGCUGGAUGAGAUGAACGCUGAGGUGCGGAUCCGCUGGCUGCAGAUCGUGGUGCGGAACAGCUUCUACCCGGACCUGCCCCGCAUCCGCGGCUUCCUGCACAAACACACGUCGAGGAUGUACACAGUCCCGUUGUAUGAGGACCUUUGUUCCGGGGUGAUGAAGUGCUUUGCAGCUGAGGUGUUCUACCAGACACAAGCCCGCCUCCACCCCAACCUCCGACGGACACUCCAGCAGAUCCUGUUCCAGACCAGCGCCUUAUCCACUCCCACAGGCUCUGUCCCCUCCCUACUACACCCCACCCCUUCGUCACCCAGUCCCACCCCCAGGGACCAACUGGGGCCCGCCGACCCCCCCACGACUGGUACUAUCGCACUACGUGACGUCAACGUGUCCGCCUGAGUGGCCGGUAGAAGAGAAGAGAGACAUACAUACACUGUGAGAAAGGGGGGUGGCAUGUUGAAAAAGGUGAAGAACUGUAAGUCUUGAAAUGACUGCAGUUUCAGCCAGACAUCAUCUGUGCUUGACUGAGACUGAGGAGUGAGUGACGAAGGACCACCAGGUUCAUACACAUGCACACACAGUUACACACUAAUGCACACUGUGUAUGUACAGUGCAUUCGGAAAGUAUUCAGACACCUUGACUUUUUCCACCUUUUGUUACAUUACAGCCUUAUUCCAAAAUUAAUU